UCCCCCCAAGACCCCUUUGGCCCAGAUCUGGACUCCAGAGACACAUAUUGACAUCUCCUGUUGCAAUUUGCCAACAAUUUGAAGCACUAUGCUCAUCCUCGAAUCCCAUAAAGAUAUCGCCACCAAGGCCAAUGGCUUGGAAGGUUCUAUGAGUGAGACAAUGAAAAUCUUUCUUACCCCUCCUUUCUAAUUCUCUGCGGGGUUCGGCUUGAAACUUGAAGCGUGGAGACUGAUGGCGUGGUGCUGCAUUCUAUAGGAAUCUUCCUCUAUCACCCAUCUAUACCAGGUUAUCCAAAUGCGUGUGUAAAUCCAAAACUUGAAUGCAAUAAAACCUCACAUCUCCAAGAACGAUGAGCUGACUUGCACCUCAGACGUUUUCCCGGUGUCGUCUUGUUCUCGGAGAUUUAUCAGGGUAAGUCAAGUUGCUAUAAAUCACUGUCUGGUUCUAUCCAUCUAUCUCCAUAGAAAUAGAGAGGUCGAAAAUCUGGCACUGAUUGUUUCGCUGUAGUCACCGGUCCAGUAGCACGCUUCGCUCGUCAGAUUGCAGGUCAAGGCUAUAUUGUUGCAGCUCCAUCCUCAUAUCAUGAGUUUACAGGUCCUGAACCUUUGGCAUAUGAUGUUCCUGGUACGGACGCCGGUAAUGACUACAAAAUUAAGAAGGUAAGAUUCAUAUGCAAACUUGAAACUCUCAACAUGAGUUGUCGAUGUCAAGUAAAUAACUCAAUAUUGCAGACGCUAGCGGGGUACGAUGAAGAUUCUACAUUAUCUAUCGACACACUGCUAUCACUUUCAACUUGUAAUGGCAGAAUAGGAGCUACAGGAAUGGUAUGUUCCAUUGUUAUGCAAAGAAACCUUUUCCCUCUUCGUCCCCCUCUGCAUUUACUUCAAAACACUCUAACAAAUUGCAGUGCCUCGGAGGCCACCUAGCCUACCGUUGUGCACUAGACCCCCGCGUCUCUGCAGUAGUAACCUACUUCGCAACAGAUCUGCACUCCGCAACGCUCGGCGCGGGCAUGAAAGACGACUCUCUUUCACGUGCAGGAGAGAUCAAAGCCGAAUUGGCGAUGAUCCACGGCACGAAAGAUAACCACGUACCGCCUGAAGGACGGGAUCUGAUUCGGAAAACGCUGAGAGAUUCGGGCGUGGUAUUUUCGUGGUAUGAGGUUGCUGGUGCCCAACGUAAGUCGAGUUUGUACUGGGAGGAAAGGAGGGUUGAAAAGAUGCGGCUGAUGAAUUUAUAGAUGCUUUUAUUCGUGAUGAAUUGUCGAAGGGAAGGUAUGAUCCGGCGAUUACCAAGAUCUGUUUUGAGAUCUUGCUUGAGCUUUUUGGGAGGACUUUGAAGCUUGAUUUAGGCUCUCAUGACGGGAAGGAGCAGAAGGUUGAGGAUAUCUGUUAG